CCUGGUUCACCGCAAAAAAGGAACUAAAAAAUACCAAAACAACUGUCAGUGUCACUUUCUCAUUCCUGCUUGUUGCCACGAAAUAUGGUUCUGCUCGACAAUUCGAACUUCAUACUCCGCCUGGAGAAGAUUGCCAAUGCGGCCAAGAAAGACUCGUCGUUUACGGUAACGUUCAAACGCUACGAUGGCAACAACAAGCCCGUGCCCAGAGCUGGAAGGCCACCGCUACCCAAGCCAGAUGUCUACAUGUGUCUGGUGCGAGCCCAGUGCAAGUCGCAAAAGAUUUCCACAGUUGUGCGCCAGGAGGAUGUGCCCACCAUGAUGGGCAUGUACUCGCAGUUCAUGAAGAGCAAAAUGGACGGCCUGAAGCGUGUGAAGAAAGUGAAAAGCAAGGCCAAAGCGGCCAAGGGAUAGUUGGGGCUAUGUUUUUAAUUCGGGGCUUAGGUAAAGAAUUUAGUUGCCUGUUUGCCAGGCUAUUCGUUUUAAAUGCAUUUUCAUCUGUA